AUGGCUCAAUCAUCAACUUUUAUUGUCUCCGUUUUUGUCGGGUUCUUUAUUCUCGCAACCAAUUCUAGACAUUUACCUGGAAGAACAUUAGAUGGCCCGUCGGCUAGCAACUUCACUUUUGUUUGUGAUCCGACUCGAUUUACCAAUAUGAAAUUAGAUAUUUCUUCAUUUCGCUUUUGUAAUACAUCUCUCUCUUUUUCCGAAAGAACAAAGGAUCUAGUAGAUAGAAUGACAUUAUCUGAGAAAGUUGCUCAACUUGGCCAUGAUGCCCCUGGAGUAGGCCGCCUCAAUUUACCACCGUACAAUUGGUGGUCGGAGGCUCUUCAUGGCAUCUCCAAUGUUGGCCCUGGUACUCGAUUUGACAAUGUUGUGCCAGGCGCCACUAGCUUCCCCAAUGUCAUCAACAUGGCAGCAUCUUUCAAUGAAGCUAUGUGGAAAACAGUCGGUCAAGUGGUUUCGACUGAAGGAAGAGCAAUGUACAAUCUAGGGAGGGCUGGAUUGACAUAUUGGAGUCCAACCAUCAAUGUAGUUCGAGAUCCAAGAUGGGGACGAACCUUGGAAACACCUGGCGAGGACCCUUUUGUGGUUGGCAAAUAUGCAGCGAACUAUGUUAGAGGUCUCCAAGAUGUGGAAGGAACUGAAAAUGCCACCGAUUUGAACUCUAGGCCUCUCAAGGUUUCUUCUUGUUGCAAGCACUUUGCUGCUUAUGAUGUCGACAAUUGGAAAGGUGUCCAUCGCUUCACUUAUGAUGCUAGGGUGACUGAACAAGACAUGUUGGAGACAUUCCUUAAGCCAUUUGAGAUGUGCGUUAAGGAAGGUGAUGUCAGCAGUGUGAUGUGUUCUUACAACAGAGUUAAUGGCUAUCCAACUUGUGCUGAUCCAGUUCUCUUGAAGGACACCAUUAGAGGCGAUUGGGACCUUCAUGGAUACAUUGUUGCAGACUGUGACUCAGUUGAGGUUAUGGUUAAAUAUCAAAAUUUCCUAAAUGAUACAAAUGAAGAUGCUGUUGCUCAAACUCUGAAAGCAGGGUUGGAUCUGGAUUGUGGUGUACUUUCCCCGAAAUACGCAGAAAGCUCAGUAAGGCAAGGGAAAGUUAGAGUGAAAAACAUUGACAAAGCUCUAAACUAUCUCUACGUUGUUCUAAUGAGACUUGGAUUCUUCGAUGGAAGCCCUAAGUUCCAAUCGCUUGGAAGCAAAGAUAUUUGCAAUGAUGAACACAUUGAAUUGGCCACUGAAGCUGCCAGACAAGGAAUUGUUCUUCUCAAGAACGAUAAUGACGCUUUGCCUCUUGAUCCUGCUAUUAUCAAAACCCUGGCUGUUGUUGGACCCCAUGCCAAUGCCACCUCUGUCAUGCUUGGCAACUAUGCAGGUCAAAUUCUUGCCCAAAACUCCCAUCUUUUCAAUCUGGGUAAUGCCUCUGUUCUUCUCAAGUUCUGUUUUGUGUUGCAGGAGUGCCAUGCCGAAUGAUCUCCAAUUGAUGGGCUAUCAGAAUAUGCAAAAGUGAACUACCAAAUGGGUUGUGAGAAUGCUGCUUGCAAAAUAGAUACGUUCAUACCUGGAGCAGUAGAUGCGGCCAAGAACUCGGAUGCAACAGUGAUUGUUGUGGGUCUUGAUUUGUCCAUUGAAGCUGAGGACGUGGACAGAGUUGAUCUUCUUCUUCCUGGUCUCCAAACUCAGCUCAUCGAACAAGUUGCAGCUGCCUCUAAGGGCCCUGUUGUUCUUGUCAUCAUGUCGGCCGGUGGCAUCGACAUCUCUUUCGCUAAAAAUAUUUCCAACAUCAGAGCCAUUGUCUGGGCUGGUUAUCCCGGCGAAGAGGGCGGCCGCGCCAUCGCCGAUGUAAUCUUUGGAAAAUACAACCCAGGAGGAAGAUUACCGGUGACAUGGCAUGAAGCCGACUACGUCAACCAGCUACCAAUGACAUCGAUGCCGCUCCGCCCAGUGACAAGCCUCAAAUAUCCAGGAAGAACCUACAAAUUCUUCGACGGCCCUGUCGUCUACCCCUUCGGCUACGGCCUCAGCUACACCUCUUUCAACCAUACUCUAGUCUCCGCCAUCCCAUCCGUGACCGUCAAUAUCAACAAAGCAAUCCUAUGCCGAGACAUUGCCUACGACACUGCCGUAAAGCUUGACUGCGCCUCCGUCCUCGUCGAUGACAUAACUUGCUCCGACGAGUUCGAGUUUGAAAUCAAAGUCGAGAAUGUCGGCAAAAAGGACGGUAGCCAGGUUGUGAUCGUGUACUCGAAACCACCAAGCGGAAUUUCAUCAACUCAUAUCAAGCAGGUGGUUGGGUUCCAGAGGGUGUUUUUGAAGGCUGGGGGCUUCCAAUCGGUGAAAUUUAAGUUGAAUGCUUGUAAGAGCUUGGGGCUAAUUGAUUUCGGUGGCUACAAUCUGCUGCCGGCGGGUGAGCACACCAUUUUGGUGGGAGAUGGAGCGGUUUCUUUCCCUGUGAAGCUUAGCUUCAAUGGAGUUUAA